UUGAGUUCUGUUUUAAACCACAAUGCAAGCUUGGUAUUGUUUCAUAGUUAAGCGAAAUUCGUGGUGAGUUUCUCUGUUCUCCGUGACGAAGUUUUGAAUCAUGAGUGCUGAAAUAGAUACGCACAUAACGAAGAAGUAUGAAAUCAAGAAACGUUUGGGAAAAGGAGUAAGUAACUGGCUUUUAUCGUUGAGAUUUGGCGCAAUGCGCGCCAUGUUUCACUGCAAGUUAUCGAUUUGCCGGCGUGUUCGCUCUUACUAAGUUUCACGAUGUUUUUAGGCUUAUGGAAUCGUCUGGAAAGCUAUCGAUCGACGAACGGGAGAAGUCGUUGCCGUCAAAAAGAUUUUUGACGCUUUUAGAAACCAAACUGACGCUCAGGUAUGUGUUGUACAUAAAUUUUGCCGCGUGAUGUACUUUGGACGCUAUUUCUAUGAAAUAUUUGGAUCUGUAAAGAAGAGUACUCUCCUGUAUGAACCACUCGAAAUUACGGAAUUGUAAUUAUUACUCAUCAUUGUGUUUUACUUUGUAUUACAGAGAACCUUUCGUGAGAUUUGUUUUCUUCAGGUAUGUAAUUUAAAUAACUAGUGAAAAUUUUUCGUAGAGGAAGUUAUAUUUUUGUACCGCUGUAGUCUUUCAUUUUCUGCGCGAAAUGUUGAUUUCCGUGUCCUGUGUUUAUUCCAGGAAUUUGGAGAUCACGACAACAUCAUCAAACUGCUAAACGUAAUAAAAGCAGAUAAUGAUAAAGACAUCUACCUGGUUUUUGAAUAUAUGGGUAAGUUAAUUUUUGAAUUAAUUGUGAGUUUUGAAUCCCAAUCAUAGAAUUUGUUCAUUCAACUUUAGUGUUUUAGUUGAAACUAUGAUUUUGUGAUACAUAUAUGAUUUUUAUGAACCGACAUUAAGUUGAGCCUUGGAAUAUUCCAGUUCAUAUUGCUUAAAAUCAGACAUUUCGUCCAGGGCCAAUAGCCGACUCGUUUAGCUUAUGCUAAAAUGGGAUCGCGUCUGUUUCCUAUCGUGUUUUGGUAAUUUGCAUGUUCGGCCUCCUUCGAUUAUAUUGAGUAAUUUCCUUCGCUCUAGUUCUCUUAGUUUAGGUGAGCAUGCCGAGUAUCUUAGUUUCAGAGCCGAUAUUCGAGGAAGCUAGUAUAAUUCUAUGACCUAACACUAAAUAAUACACAACUUUCUACGUGAAAAGAAUGAAAUUUGUUCACCAACGAUGAAGCAUCGUGCUUUUUUAUUAAUCAUAACAUUCGGUAAUCCGUGCAAUUCAUUAUACUCUUGAAUUCGUGACAGAUAAAGAAGAAAAGCAAAUUAACAAUAUGGUAUUUUGAGGGAAUGUCUGGUUUCUGACAUUUUCAAUAUUAUGUAUUUUGGUGUGCUAUUUAUUCAUAUUUCUAGAACUUGUGUAUUGUGAUUUGAACGUUUAAUAUUCAUAAUUCUUAAGGGGUUUGGAUUAACUCAUCCCUUUGGAAAUUGUACAAAAACUUGUGGCUGCACGAGUGAUUCAGUGCACAAGUGUGAUUGGACUAGAUCUAUUUUCAGCUUGCAAGUCAGUAAUUUUAACAUUAAUUUCUCUAAGUUUUAAGAGUACUCCACCUAAAGAGCAAGGGUAAUACAAGUUUAUGAACUUUCUUUCAGUUGUCAAACUUUCAAGCACAGUUCGAUUUGGAUUGCAAAUUUUCUUCAUCUAUUAUUAUGAUUUUUAAGUGCAUGGACAUGAAAUGCUUGUAUGAUGAACUAUCCUAAAGACAGAACCAUUUGUAACCUUUUUCUCUAUUUUAGUCCCUAAUAGCUUUUCAAAUUGUCAUUUUUGCAUUCCAUUUCACAGCUUUGUGGUCAAAUCCUAGUGUUAGCACCUGUAAGCCUUAUGGUACAUCACUUACAACUAUGAAAGGAUGUAGGAAUUUUGACCAGUGAUUUACAUCAUCAGUUGAAAUAGUUAACACAUUUAUAUCAAAAUUAGGAAUUAGCUGUGUUUUUUACACUUUUGAUUUUACUGACAGAUACUGAUCUUCAUAAUGUAAUAAAGAAAGGAAACAUUCUUAAAGAUAUACACAAAAGAUAUAUUAUGUAUCAGGUAAGGUACUUCAGUUUAAUAAAUUAGUAUAAAGUUUAUUUCAGGUGGAAAACAGUGGUAACUUCUCCUGAAGAAGACACUGAGGAAUCAUAAUAUUGUAUCAUUUAAAUUUCUAUCCAUUUCAAUUCUUAAUAUUAAGCGGGAAAUUGUACCUGUCAGAGUUGGGUUUAUUAACUUACCUCAUACAUUUAUUGAAGACCAUUAUGGCAAUUAUUUUGAAGAGUAGAACUCUUGCAUAAAUCUAAGUGCUCUAAAUGGCUGAAGAUCUUUGAAGAACUUUUCCCAGAAGCUUUUAAUUAACUUAAUUUAUCGUCAAAGGAAGGCAUCAAGCGUGAUGUGCUUUUCUCGCCAAUGAUCAAUAUUGUUUGAGAGUUUUCUGUAUUGUUCAAUGGUCAUAAGACAAAAUUCUCAUUUUAAAAUCUACUCUGAAUUUUUUGUGCUUUCAUUCUCUGGAUACAAACAUUAUUUUGUACUCACAAAACUUUGAAAAUCAUCUUGAAGGUUAAAUUUAAAAUCUUGAUGUAUAGUUGGAAAUUAUUAUCUCAUUAUAUGAGGAGCUGUUUAACAUCAGUGGACAUUAUAUUUAUCAUAACGUACUAGUCAUUUUUAAGAUGAACAAAUGUGCCUUCACAUGUAAGAAUUUAUGGAUUGCUGAUCAUGAUUUAUUCUGUUCUUGGCAAGUUGUAACAUCUUUGGAAUGUUUUGGAUGGUGGUAUUAUUCGCCCCUUUAAUGGUAAUUAGUUCCUUCUGUGACAUCAGGAGGGAGAACCCUUCCAUUUUAUCAGCAGUAUAUUGGAUAUAUGGUUUGUAAUAUUGUGAUUAUUUGUGCUGCAGAUAUUUAGGGCAGUUAUGUACCUACACUCAGGAAAUGUCAUACACAGAGAUCAAAAGGUAUGAUAAUAAUUCAUAGUACAUCUUCCUAAUUUUCAUAUUUGUUCUGCAAAGCUGAGUGGUAUUCAAAAGAUUUUUUUGGCUUAACAUGCAGGGGAAAGUAUGCUGAAAAAUUAUAGUAUAACAUGUAACUUUUCAAAAUGUAAUUCAUCAUCCACCAGCAAAUAGGGGUUAUAGUAGGGAGAGGUUGUUGAUGGAAUACCAAAUUCUCUUCAUAUAUAUAUAUAUAUAUAUAUAUAUAUAUAUAUAUAUAUAUAUAUAUAUAUAUAUAUAUAUAUAUAUAUAUAUAUAUAUAUAUAUAUGUAUGGAGAUGUAUGGCAGCUAGAAGAAAGAAACUUUAAUCAGACUGUGGAAGUUGAUGGGAUUAAAAUUAUCUCAGGAUUUGUUUAAAAAGGCUUGGCAAAUGAGUCGAAAAGCAAGUUUACAAGGUAUUCUUAAUUUUCUUUCAGCCAAGUAAUGUCCUCCUGGAUUCAGAGUGUUUUGUUAAGGUAAGUCAUAAAUUUUUAUCAAAUGUUGCAAGAUUUCCAGCUAGAAUGGUAGGAAUAAACUAUGAUUUAUGAUGUACUCCUUCUUUCGCAUAUUCAUUCACAUUCAUUCUAAUAUACAGAUGUAGUGCUGUUGUUGUUUUGUUGUGUUUAUAUACUCAAAGAAUAUUUUACUGUAACAUGCCAGGUUCGUUGAAUGAAAAUAGCAAGGAUGAAAAAUACUCAUUUUAGGCAGGAUUCAUAGUAUUUCUAUUUACCUGAUUGAUUGAUUUGCACGUUGCAGAUGUGUGACUUCGGUCUAGCUAGAUCAGUUACCAGUAUGACGCAAGAAGCUGGUGAUCCAAGUUUAACAGAUUAUGUGGCAACACGCUGGUACAGAGCUCCUGAAAUUCUGCUAGCAUCACCAAGGUAAAGCAAGAGAAUCUCUUCAUCUUUAAUAAGUUCAAGAGCUUUAACUUCAUAUUUCUAAACCUGUCUGACAUAGUGUUAACUACAAUCAUUGUAAAAAUUAUUUUAUCCUUUCUUCCUCUCAGGUAUACAAAGGGUGUAGAUAUGUGGUCUCUAGGAUGUAUUUUAGGAGAGAUGCUUUUAGGUAAGUUCAAAAUCUGUCACUUGAAGAACUUACUUGAUGCUCACCUCUCUCCUCUCAUUGUCAUUUUUUCAGCUGAAUUUUUUUCUUCGUUCAUUAUCCAAAAGCUUUAGUGUGGCAUUCAAAUUAUCACAGUCAGUCAAUUGUAUGUGAAAUACUGGUAAUUCAGUUUAAGGCUUGGCUUCCAUUCAGUUAAGAGUAUCUGAACCACCCAAUUGGAGUAGAGGGAAAUUCUAACUUGUAUUUGUUUUUGUAAAAACUGAAGAAGAAAUCAUCUUUACCCAUACUGUAUUUUGCAUUUUUUCUUAACAAUUGUACUAUGGUUGCAGGGAAACCAAUAUUUCCAGGAACAUCAACUUUAGAUCAAAUAGAGAAAAUUAUGACAAUAAUCCCCACACCAUCUAGACAAGGUAAUGUUGCUGUUGGCAAAAUCUCUCAUUUCUGCGAUAGUGUGAAAUUGCAGUUUGUUGUCAGUGUUAGCUAAUGUUACACCCACGGUUUUAACUCCUAUGCUAAGGAGGAAAUUAAUUUUUUGUCAUUUUCUUCUGAAAAUUACUUGCUGUUACAGCUUUAUUAACAUGAUCUUUUUUCUGUGUAUCAUAGACAUUGACAGCAUCAAGUCACAAUACAGUUCAUCAGUGUUAGACAGAAUGACCUGCAAACCUAAGAAAAGUCUUGAAGAAAUUCUUCCAAAUGCACCACCAGAUGGAAUUGAUCUAUUGAAAAAACUACUUCAGUUUAACCCUGACAAGCGACUGACAGCAGAGCAGGCUUUAAGUCAUCCAUAUGUAGCAAGAUUUCACAACCCUGAAGAAGAACCAUCAAUGGACUAUGAUGUGAUUCCUGCCCUGAAUGACGAUGUUCAGUUAAGCGUGGAGGAGUAUCGUGUUAAACUUUAUGAGGUUGGUUUGAGGCUUAAUUUCAGGUUGAGUGUCACGAAAGAGUCUAGUUUUGAGGCGGGAUUGUUUAAAAAGUGACUGUAGUUAUUUUGAUAGCUUUGGACUUUUCAGUUGAAAUUUUUUGUGGUAAAUUUGUGACACAUCUUAGAUGGUAUACUCAUUAUUAACCUCUCUUUAUUGUUUUUUUGGCAGAGUAUCAUUCAGAAGAAAACCACCAUCAGAAGAAAAAGAAGGGAGAUUUUUCUUCAGGAUCAGAAGCAGAAACAUGCACAGGCUGCUGAACAAGCAAGGCAUCAGGAGAGGGAGUCUCAGCCCCUCAAACAAGUUGAAAACUACACUCAUACUUCAAGCAUCACUCAAGCACACCAACCCACACACAGCUCACCAGUCAAAUCACCUGUUCAUAGGAGUGAGGGAGUGACUGUAGCUUUUGGAAGAACUACCAAGAUACAGCACCAAAGAUCACCUUCUGCUGGAAAGAGCAUGGUGAGAAGGCACAGCUUAGAAAAUGACAGUGUAAGCACAGUUCAGUUGUCUAGUCAGCUUUUACUCUUUCCUUAACCUUCAUUUCUCUUAAUUAUUAUGUUGUAUACCUUCAAAUCACAGAAGAUUUGUUUCCUGUCCUUACAGGUUAUGUCCCCACCAAGGCAAAACCCAGCAGGACGUGCAAGGCCCAUAUCUGCACAAGUGAAGCCCAAGAACACCAUAAUCACACGUAGUAAUAGUGCUGACAAACUUCUACAAGUGACAAGUGCUCGCCUCGUAAGUUUUCAACUGAUCUAACUCCUUAUUCUCAAAUCUAAUUACCUUGCAUGCUAGUCUUGAGAACAUGUUUUUCUAUUUAACACAGUGUCCUGUAUAAAGUAUUUUACUUGUAUCACUUGUUCACUUGAAGAUAAUGUAGUCCCAUCUGUUCAUUCAUUGAGUGAGUUGAAGGGUUAGAUUAAUCAAAGCAGGAGUUGUUGUAAGAAUGAGGCUAUUCCCUUCUUUCUGUUUUAUUUGCUUGUUUUCAUUUUUACCUCUUAUUUUUUAGUUUGUGAUAUAUAUUAGUUUUCCAGUCUUCUUCCUCAUUAGUUACCCAUAUUGGUAUGGAUAGGAACUUGAUCUUGUUGCACUCUCUAAUAGUCCUUUAACCUACUAUAUAUGUGUAACUUGAAUUUCAUAAGUAACCUCCUUGUUUGGUUCUUAGGUUCCAGCUCAAAGACCUCCUUCAGCUAAAGCAAUACACAGACCAGCCAGGAAACCUGUCCCCAAUCCAAAUCUGAGUCGAUCCCCUUUUGAAAGUUAUGCACAAACACAUGGAACAAUAUCAAAAAGUUCACUAAAAUCUCUACAAUCCAGAGUUUGGUAAAUUUAUUAUCUAUAGGCUCUUUUAUAAUUGAACCGUUUUAUUGCUUGAAAUUUCUCAAUUGCUUUCCUGAGGUUAUCCACAAGGAACUUUGUACUUAAUUAAUUUAUUCAGUAUGUAAGUGUAAUAAAGAUAUAAAUCAAUUUAUGCAGACUUUGAAUUUUGCUUAGCUUCUUUUUGCCACAGUUUUAUAUGUUGGGAAAGUACUACUUUAACAAUUUUUAUGUCAAAAUUAUUGAGUUAGACAAAUUGUAAAUAAAUUAUAUCAGCAGCCAAAUGAUUGUAAAAAUUAUUGUAAAUUUCUUAAUUACCUGCUAAAUUGAAAAGUGAUCACAUCAAAGCAUUUUUUCUUAUCAGCAGUUCAGAGUAUUAUUUUGCCAUAUGACCAAUACAAUUAAAGGAAACAUCUUUUCCACCCAAUAUUUAAAUUUUGAGUUUAUUUGCAAGAUUUUGUAGAUGAUAGUAUUGAAAAUUGAGUUAGGAAACUGUGAUAUUUCAAAGAACAAUUAUUGUUUUGAGAAGUAUUUCUAUAAUAUGAUGCUUUCAUGUCAUGGUAACUUUAAAUAAUACAUUAAAUUAAGGCUACAACUCAGAAACAAAUGCUCAUACUAAGGAAGAGUUCAAUAAACUGUCAUUCUCUCUACAUUUUGAUUCUCUUUACAUUAUAUUGGCCACAACUGAAUUCAGCUAAUUUCCUUGAAAUUUCUGUGAAUAGUAAGUUAUAUUUUGGAAGAGGAAAUAUGGUAGAUUUGUACAUAUUGCUUCUGUUGCAUAUUUUUGUCUCUUGUAUAACUAUGGAAAAAGUUGAGGAUUUAUUGUCAACUGUGGAUUUGUCAAAAAUAAACUUUCAAAGCCUAGUGUUGCCUACCUAGUAGUUUGUCAAUUGAUUCUUGACUCCACCUGCUAAAAAUUGCAGGAAGAGAAAUAAGUUUCAUGUCGGUAAUGAAUUACAGUACUCAUCACCAAAGUAAUUUU